GGGGUGAGACCGGAAGUCUCGCGCCACUGGGCCGUGCGCAUAGUUGUUCGCCUCACGCGUGUCGUCUCUCACGUCUCCGCGGCCGCCGGAUCCAACCGCCACCAUGUCGAGCAAAAGGGCCAAGACGAAGACGACGAAGAAGCGGCCUCAGCGCGCCACCUCCAAUGUCUUCGCCAUGUUCGACCAGUCCCAGAUUCAGGAGUUCAAGGAGGCCUUCAACAUGAUUGACCAGAACAGGGACGGCUUCAUCGACAAGGAAGAUCUGCACGACAUGCUGGCUUCCCUCGGGAAGAAUCCCACCGAUGAGUAUCUGGACGCCAUGAUGAACGAGGCGCCGGGCCCGAUAAACUUCACAAUGUUCCUCACCAUGUUCGGCGAGAAGUUGAAUGGCACGGAUCCAGAGGACGUCAUCAGGAAUGCUUUUGCCUGCUUUGAUGAGGAAGCAACAGGCAGCAUUCAGGAGGAUUACCUGAGGGAGCUGCUGACCACGAUGGGAGACCGCUUCACGGACGAAGAGGUGGACGAACUGUACCGGGAAGCACCCAUCGACAAGAAGGGCAACUUCAACUACAUCGAGUUCACCCGCAUCCUGAAGCACGGGGCCCUGGACAAAGACGACUGAAGGGAAGAAGCGGAUGAUCCCGCCGGCGGCAGCCCGCCCUCUUCGCUCCUCUCGGUUUCCAAGACUUUGUUUUCUGGUAAAAAAAAAAAAACCUGUUGCAUGCACCUCUCCUUUUCAGCUUCUGCCUCUCUUUCGGUGUAUUUAUUCCAAGCCAUUCGGGACAUACUUACCUGCACCUCUAAUCAGACUGGAAGUGGGUGGGUGGGCGGGGGUGGGGGUCACUCUAAGAUAGCUUAAAAAAGAUCAUAGGAAUGAUCGGUAUCGUGAAGGCCAAGCGGCGGCGGAAGCCUCGGUAUUUCUGGUUUAGCUGGAUUUUUACAUUUUUGUAAUACUAUUUUGAAAUAAAGAUGAUGAAUCAGCCGUGUCCGGUGAGUAUGUUUGCUGGCUGCACUGUUCUCAAAGGCGGAAAAAUAGAAACCCUAAGCUUUUUAUCAACUUGUGAGAAACGUGUAAUCCCUCCGAGAGGUGGUAUUGUCUGUUUAGACUUUAUUCCUGUCCAAAAAGAACACAAUAUUGAGGCAUUGCUUGUGUUUAAGAUGGCCGGUUGGCUUCCGGGAAAUGAUUCGGUGACAGAUUCCUUCUGGUUUUGAUCGGUCAGAUCUGUACUGUGCUGUAAAACAAUAAUGAAUAAUAAAGUUGUUGUGACCUGUUGUAG